AUGGCUUGUCUCGGUUGCAAAACUCGAAGAUCCAAGUGCUCUGGCGGCAACCUGUGCAGUAACUGCAGCCGCUUGGAGAUCAACUGUGUAUACGAUGCAACUCGGGACAAGCGUCGCAAGAUCCAUUGCGAGCGCGCCGAAACAGAGUCGACACUCCAGAAAAAAUUGCUGCAGCGUCUAUUCGAGCUAAUCCGCGCCGGAGAUGGCGAAGUGCAUAGAAUGUUGCAAGAAGACGCUCAUAGCCGAGAGCUUGCCCAACGACUUGGCCUGGAGGUGCCUGAGCAUGUCGAAACACUGCAAGCCCAGACCUGGCCCCAUACUCGAACGACAAGUCGCGGAGAGGUCGAGGACGAUGUGAGUCAGAGAGAAGAGCUCCAAAAGCGACGUGCAAUCUGCCGCCAAUUAGACGAGAGAGACACCAUGGAGACAGACCCACCAACAGUGCGAAGUAGUUCUGCCGGUUCGAGCGACCAUUCGAUUGCCCCUACCUUUUCUGAGAUGCUCAUGCCCAGUCCAGGCGUCUUAGAUGCCAGCGACCAGCAUCGAAUCUUUUGUUCCAGAGACCACCAUGUUCCCAUCAUCGAGAGCAUCAGCAUAUUUGGCGAGAUUCCAUUACCACCGACAGAAAUCACGACGAGUCAUGGGUCAAUCACGUUGCAACAACAGCAGAUACUCAACCUUCGGAUACCCGAGUACCUCAUUCUGCCCUUGUUGUUCGACGAGGAGCGAUAUCCAAUGGCAGCUGUGUACACUGAUUUUCGCGAUUAUGGUCGUCGACAGCUGGCAGAAGGGCAGUCUCUUGAAACUGUUCUAGGAUCCUCAAAAGUCGACCUCGCGCUCUAUCUUCGCGAACGUCAACCUGGGGAUCAGCACACCCCUGCGACAUGGGCAUGUGAAUUCAUGCGGCUCCUGAAGGACUUCGAUACAUACGUAGCCUUGGCCUGCAUCUUCACCUAUGCCCGUUUUAUGCGUGUCAGUUCUGUGUGGGUAAUAGCACCCUCCGAAGACACGUAUGCGCUGCUUCCCGAGACAAUGAGACCAACGGUCGUACAAAAGCUAGUUAGACACCAUCCCGGUGUUGAUUUGCCGAUCUUUCCCGAGAUGCGCGAUGGCCUGAUCCUGGACAUGCGGGACUAUAUCGUGGCGAUCCAAACGCUCGGAUGCAGUGUCAACUGGGAAUGA